UUGAGGGAUAUUGUAUUGACCGUUCAAGCUCAGCUGAGAGCUCUAUGGAUUCAUACCUGUGAGCUAUUGACUGGUUCAACCAGGGGAUGCGACUCGGCUCGUGCCCUGAUUUAGUUUUUUAUUCCUCUGCCAUUCUCCCCCUGUAAGGAGAUACCUUUCUGCUCUUCUUACGCCAGAUGUUUCUGCAUUGGCAUCAACAUAGGAUGAUCUUCCUAGCCGUGUUCACAUUUUAGGUUGAGGCAGUUGACCUUUACCCAAGAUCUUCAGAAUCAUUUAAUAUUUUAAUUGAAAACUCUGUGAUAAAGCCUUGUUCACAUUUGGAAAUAUUGUUGACAUUUACUGAACUUCACUUCUUAUUUGUAUUCUCAUCUUGUGGGAGCUGGACUUUACUAUUUUCAUCAGGAGGGAAGAUUUCGAGAACAUCAUAUUUAGAAAGUAUUUCACACACUAUAUCGCUAUAACAGGACUUAAUUAGGUCUACAUAUUUGCCUUGAUUGGCAUUUUCCUUCAUGAUAUUGACAUAGACAUUUUCUGCAGAAGCUCUGUUCAUAUUUAGAGAUAUUUGAGCUACCCUCUUCUGAUCCAGAAUCAUUUUAUAUUUAUCUGAAAAGAGAUCCAUCUCUGGUGUGUUCACAUUUUGAACUCUCAUGGCCAUUCUAGUUUGUUUCAACCUGACUGAUUCCUGUCAUGCUGCGUUCACACUUGUCAUUAUUCUGAACAUCCUAUGAACUUGGCUUUGACUGCUUAACUUUGACCUUCAGUGAGCCAGGGUAGUAUCUUCAAGGAGACAGAAAGUAGAAGAUAUUCAUGAGUAAUUCCAAGGGGUUAUCACACACAGACCUGGAAGUGCAAUCUUGGCAAUCCUUGGAUUACAUUUCCUUUUUGGACCGCUAUCUCAACAGAACGCUUGAAAUGAAUGAAGAGUUUUCCUAGACUAUCGUCAUAAAAGGCUCUCAAAAGGGAAUGAUUUCUUCUAUAUUGUUCUACAGAUUGUUGUUGUACCAGUAUCUCGUUGGAAAGGUGUGAAAAGUUGCAGGAAGCUAUGAAUAGUUGCCAUGAAACACGUUCAUACAAGGCUCAAAGGAAAACAAAAGAAUUUCUUCACGCAUUUUCUAUUAUUAUUGAGUUUACUUGUGAAUUCCGAUUUCAGAAGCAAUGAAUAUUUGAUGUGUUUAGUGACAAAGUGGCACCCUGUAUCCGGAACCUUCUUUGGACUUGGAAAUCCCCUUGAAGUUCAACAUCCAUUGUGUCCUACAUGCUUUGAAUCAAUGAUUCAAUUGAAUCAUCACUUUGAUUGAAUGACGUGCAGAGAAUGAAAGGAACCUGAACCCAUGAAUAUAUGAGCAGAGAAUGUCUUCCUCACAAACUUUUUUUUUCCUGUUGGCGGCUUCUUCCAGUGAAACCUGAACAUACAGACCUGUCCUUUAUUGCCAAACAUGCAAAGUCACUGACAAGUGACAGUGUUGUUGAUAUUGUGCUAAUGUAAACAUCAUUACAAGAAUAUGCUAUUGUUGAGCACUGUUUGAUAUUUGACAGACUACGGACACACCUAAAACAGAGAGAAAGCUUGAGAGAGCCUCUUUUAUAUGGCUUUAUAGCUGCUUCAAGUUGCCAUUCAAAAGAUGGCUUUGGUAAUACUGUGAGGUCAAGUUCAUAUGCUGUGUAGAAUCAGUGGAUUUCAUUCUCUUUUAGCGUGAACUUUCACAUGCAGGCUGUAUUGAAUGUCAUCAUUCUACACCCUCACAUUGAGACUCACUUCAACGUUUGAUGGAUGGCUUGUAAUAUCAUGUCUGCAAUUAGGCUAUAGGCCUACGUGCUACGCCAUGCACUGCUCAAAUCAGACCUCAUAUUGAAACAUUUACCACAUCACUUUUGCAUGCAUUUCUAUUCGGUGUCACCGACUGGAAUACACCUUGUUUGGGACUCCAUUUUUUGCUGGACUUGCCUCGACAGCUCACCUAACCGUUAGUCACCUCUGAAGCAAUUUGGCAUGGAGGUUGCAUUUUAAUUGCCGUCAUCAUAGGUAUAUCUUCAUAGGGUACACUUGCAGACACCAUAUGGUAUACUUAUGCUUCAUAUCACUGAUGCUGUUCUAUCAGGGAUUUACCUGGACUACACUAGCUCUGUAGUACAUCUCACUGUUCAGCGGAAGCUUACGAACGCGCGAAUAAACAAAGAAGAAAAUGUCGGAAGCAGCAGUCCUCCAGAGAGUUGAUACAACAAGGAUUUCGCAAAUCUUAUCCGUCAAUGUUGUCAUGUUGCCAAGCUAUUAUUAUCACAGAUAUGCAUAAGACUAGAAGUGGAAUUGAUCAUUCCUUUUCCAGGUUGUACUUUCUCUUUGUUCUUUAAAAUGGCAUUUCAGACCCAAAUUACGAAGUGAGUGCUUUCAUCAUAAAUAAUUCAUCGGAUUUUCAGUUUCCCUGUUGUGGAAUAACUUGGAAUUAACUCAUGUGGAUUCUUAAUACGGAUAAUUAACAGACAUGCUGGAAUAUAAUUUUGUGGUUUGGACCAACUUUUAUUUGGUGACAGCCUGAAUGCUGGAAUGUAUUAGCAAAGUUCAUGUUAUGUUUCCACAGAACAGGCUUACAAAGAAAUAGCACAUACUAUUACCCCCAUUGUCAUAUGAUAUUUUACUAUGUCAUGGUGUAACUGAGUCCUUUUUCAACGAUUGUGUGGUACAGCCUAUAUUAUAACAAUGGCGUUUUCUCAUCGCAAGAAGAAAACUAAAAGGAACAAGGAGACUGCGAGUACAUCGGAGGAUGAGGCUCAAGUAAAUGGUACCUUGGUAACAUCAUCCAAUCAUGUGGAGGUGGUGAAAAUGAUCAAAUCUGGUUCGUUUGUAGCUUUAACAUUACUUGGUAAACCACCUGGGAUACCUACCCCGCCCCCAUCUGGCCCCACUCCGGGUAUCAGCCGACAUUCAGAGUCAAGAAAGACACUUGUAACAUCACCGCAACCUGUAAAUAUGGGUCUCUUGCGCAGGUUAACCAACGUGAGCCACGAGGCAUCCUGCGACUGCAACCGUUGUAGGAGUUUAAGCCAAUCACCGGGCAGCCACUCUCCACUUCCCUUCCGUACCCAAAGAAAUUUCAUCUCGACCCGCGUGAACAGAACGUCUCAACAAGACGCUCAAGUAAAGUCUGAAAGGUUAAACACAUUCAAACGCAUGCUGGAGCAAGAAAGGACGUUAUUAGACCACACGGAAAAUGAGUACUUGAAUAAUCCAUCUGAAAAACUCCAAAAGGACAUUAAUGGAAUUAAAACGAGAAUAAGUGUACUCGAGAAACAACUUACGAAGGCUGCUAAUAAUAUGAUACAGAACAAGGCUGGUGGGAGCAAUAAUCAGCAAUCGUCCACCCCAGCCCACCUGCCCGUGUACACCGCCACGGAGGGGCAACACGCAUCGGCUUCGGAUCACACGAAUAUGAACGAAGAAUUCCAGCCUAUUCCAGAAGAGAAGAAGAAUGUAAAAGCUCCUGAUGUGAAACGGCCUUGGUUACCACAAGGAAUAAGCCACCACAGACAGAGAAGUAGUCCCGAGACGUUCACCCGGAUCAACAACCAGUCGCCUACAGCAGGGGUCAAGAGGAACAACUCGGACGCACAGGCCAAGGAGGUAGCCAGGCAGAAGGUCAGAAACGGCAAGGUCAACGUGGUUGAACCACUCAACAGGGACAAGAAACAGAAGAAGGACAUUGAGGCAAUAGGAAGGACCAAGUCAUUACCAGGAGAGACGAUGGAUCCUGAGUUUGAGGAUGGUGAAGCAGCUACCUCUAAGAUGCUAGGCAUGGAGGCUGUCACUCCUAUGGAAGGAGUGGUAGAAACAAGUCUCAUAGAAUCAGAUCAUGCAAGAGUGAUGACUGACACGGCAGAUAUGCCUCAGUUUCACAUGCCUACCGUUGUACAACCGGAGAUGUUCAACGCACCUGCGGUCUCUGAACUCCACUCACUCCAUGCUCCUGGACCAACGCCCCAAGGCCAGAAGAACAUCAUGUGUAUGGAUGAAGACGACUUCCAAUCUGAUAACGAACCGGUGCCUCCAGUACCUCCUGAACUUGAAGAUCAUGGACCAUUCAAUGACCUUGAGCAGCUUCAGAAGAAAUCAGCACACAUGGCUGUAUUCCUGCAUUAUCUUAUCUCAAACAGCGACCCUUCAAGUCUGUUUUUCUACCUAGUCACAGACUCAUAUGCAAGUGGAAACUUGAGGGAUAUGAAGAAAUGGGUUUAUGAUAUCUUCUCAACUUUUCUAGGAAGUGGAGGGCCUCUGAGGAUACAGAUGUCUGAACCUUUUGUCAACAAUAUAGAACACACCAUCAACACACAGCAGAGCAAUGAAGAGGCGAUGAGGAACGUCUUCAUCGCUGCUCGCAACCUAGCCAGGGAGGAGGUCGAUGAUCUCCUGGCUGACUUCCGUCACAAGAGGGCGCUAGGACUUGGUUCCAUCUUCGGAGACCAGUACCUCACUAAUGAAGAUAUGGACAAGGCACAGGAACUGAAGAUCGUAGAGUCAACGUUAUUACCCCAUCUUGAUAGGUUAACAACACCUGAGGCCGAGAAGGAGCCGAAGAACCAAGCCUUGGCUGCAGCACUCAACACCUUCAUGAAGCAAGCUGGGGUGAAGAACCAGACCAGUAGUGCCCUAGAGAGAGCUCCAAGCUUUAUGACCAAAGACAGGAGAGGCCCUCUAAAAUUCCCCCGCUCUACCAAAAAGCAAUCUGUGAAAGGUCAUGUGUUUCAAGAGAAUCAGUACUUGAAUACAACAUUCUGUAACCAGUGUAAUGGAUUACUCUGGGGUAUAGGCUAUCAAGGACUCCAAUGUACAUAUUGUGAAUUCAACAUACAUAAGUCGGGUCCAUGUCUAGAGCACAUAACGACGGAAUGCCCUGGAAAGAAGAAAAAGAAAGAGAAGGAUAAGGAGCAUAGAAGAACCAGGAUGAAUUUUCCAAUAGUCGUUGCCAAUAACCAAGGUAAAGAUGACUCCAAGUCAACGGCCAAUCCUAUUAGUCCAACCAGUAAUGUUAUCCAUAUGAAAGGAGAUAAUGAUGAAUUAGCGCAUAUGAAACAAGAGUUGCACAAUGCUCAAGUUGCGAAGAACAUCGAUGUCUCCAACAUGGUGGACCAGUUUGAGAAGCAGGACAACCUGUCCGUCUCAGCUGACAGCGGGAUAUCAUCACUGGCCUCUCUGGACAGCCAGACCCAGGGUGACGACCAUAGGGAGGUAAGCAAACAGCCCAAACAGAAGAGGAACAUCAUCAAACGAUCGGCCAGUCUCAAGUCUAAGAAACCCUCACCAACCAGUCUGGAAUCCGAACAUCACAAGAAGAAGAAGAAUUUUAUCAAACGAUCAUCAAGUCUAAAAUUGAAGGGAGAAGAGAAGAAAGAAGGAAGGAGAAUUAAUGAGAACAAGAGAUCAAGAAGCAUUGAGCCAGGCAGCCAUACAAAAUCAAUUGAUGAUGUUGAUAUGGAUGGACAGACCGUAGCUGCUGUAUUAUCACCAUCUCAAGCUAGCUCAUCAUCAAGUCUAUCAACAAAUCGAAGUCAGGACUCGCCGAGGACAUCAUUAGAACAUCUAUCGCGAGCCGUUGAGGAGGACGAUUCAGACAUUGAAGCCGAGGCAAACACACCUAACUGGCAGAAGAUGAUUGACAAAGAUAUCGUUAGGAAGCUCAAACCAAAGGAAGUUAAAAGGCAAGAGGUCAUCAACGAACUUUUCCAUACUGAAAAGACCCAUGUCAGAAGUCUCAAGGUUCUAAGAAAGGUCUUCUACCUACCCAUGUUAGAUCAGGAGAUCGUAGGUCUGACGAGAGAAACCAUCAACUUCAUCUUCCCAAACAUUGAUGAAAUGAUUGAAAUUCAUGGGACUCUAAAUAACGCCAUGAAGCGGGAAAAGAGAACGUCGCAUAUUAUCCAAGAAGUCAGCCAGAUACUUUUGGAAAGGUUUAAUGGUGAGGCAGGGGAGACGAUGAAGAGAGUGUGUGCAGUGUUUUGUCAGAACCAGACUAUAGCCAUGGAGCAUCUCAAGAAACUUGUUAAGAAGGAGAAGGAGAAAGAAAAGGACAAGAAGGAGGGCUCCUUAUCAAGAUUCAUGGAUGAAGCUGAAGGGAAUUCAUUAUGUAGGAGAUUACCACUGCCAGGCAUUGUUGCUACCGGAUACCAAAGAUUAACCAAAUAUCCUCUACUCAUAGAAAAUCUACUCAAGUACACACCUGCAAAAAGUCCAGAGUACGAGCGACUCGGACGCGCCUUAGACAAAAGCAAGGAGAUCUUGUCGUACGUCAACCAAGCUGUGAAGGAGAGUGAGAACAGGUUCCGUCUUGCAGACUACGACUCGAAGAUGGAUAGGACACCACUGGACAAGUCCAACAAUCCUCUAGUCACGGAUUACAAGAACUUCUGCCUGACGCAAUAUAAGAUGAUCCAUGAUGGCAUCUUGACAUGGAAAGUCAAUAGGAAUAAAAGCAUAGAGGUCCAAGUGUUACUCCUGGAAGAGCUGAUAGUACUUCUAUCAAAGCAGGAUGAGAAGCUGGUCCUGAAACUCCAUUCGACAACAAACCAAGCAAGGGAAGAGUUAAAAACACAUAGUCCAAUCAUCAAACUCAGCACAGUUUUAUGCAGGCCAGUAGCUACAAAUAAAAAAGCCUUCUUUCUUGUCAGUACCUCGUCUGCGGCUGGUCCUCAGAUCUACGAGCUCUGUACAAACUCUUCCCAGGAGAGACAAUCCUGGAUGGAUGUUAUCCACACCACGCAGGAGACCGAAAGGAAGCAGUCCAAGGGAGGGCGUCGUAACGCAAGGAUAACGCCCAAUCCUAGGCCUCUACCGCCGGAAUUACAUCCUGUGUAUGAGGAGACCUCAAAGCCUGCAGAGAAGCCUGAAAUAAAUGAGCCACCUGAAGUGGUCAACAAUGUGGUCAUUGCUCCCCAACCAGAAGUGGUCACUUUGAACAACAGCUCAGAAACCAAAUCAGAUUCAGAAUCAACUGAAGACAUCAGAACUGCUCUAGAAAAAUCAAUUAAUCAGGUACCUGGUGAGGAAGCCUCUAUCUCAGAGAGACUUCAAAGUUCACUUCACAUUGUUAAUAGAUCAAUACCAGUACUAGAUGAAGCUGUUGGGGAGUCAACAGAGAAUGCUCUCCUAGUGAAGGCCCUGAACCUAUUGGCAAAGCAACUUGCUGAACUCAACGAGAAGCGUCAUUUAGAGGAACUUGAAAUGAAGAAAAUGAAGGAGGAGAACAGCAACUUGCAGUCAGAUUAUGAUGAGUUGAAAGCUGAAAGGAGACAGUUAACAGGAGAACUAACAGUCAUGAAACAUGAACUGGGUAACCUACAACCCGACCCUCUCCAGAAUAACCCUGGAUCAGUAGACUCUAUCCCAAAUACUGUCAAUGAGGACAGACUAAUGACUGACAAACAACAGAAUCGGCAAUCUUACUCUGGCGAUUCGAGUGCUACCGAGUCGGAGGAUUCUAAAACGGUUGAGUCGUCGGACCCGGAGGAAGCGACGGUCGUUGUGGAUGAUGAGAAUAAGAGUUUGAAUGAGCAGGAUUCCGAUGUUCCGGUGACGCCCAACGAGAUGGUACAGCCGGAGAUCUUCCAUGCGGACACUCAGGUAGUGAAACCGGUAGUGAACGAGCAGCUCCUGGAGUUGCAGUCUGCCGCUGGGUUACCCAGUGAAAGAACUGAAGACGAGGAGACAUCUGUGUGUGUACCGGAGGCCUUAGUCACUGAGGAUAUCGCAAAUGGACUUGAGGAACUCAAGAUUAGCGAAUCAAAUCAAGACUAUGAAAAUGGUAACGAGAAGGUGGGUGUUGGGGUGGAGGAUGAAUGUGCCGAGGAGGAGAAUAAUGUGGACGUGGUCAGAGAUGAAGCAAAUUCUGAAGUGCAAAAUUUAAACGCGGUAGUAGACGUUAACAGUAACCCUAAUGUAAGUACUGAGUCAGUCAGCCAAGAUGAUACGAUAAGUGAAGAAGGUGAGACUGAGAAAGCACCAGUGACUGUAGAUGCUGACACUAAGGAUUCGUCAUUAGGUGAUGCUAAUAUUACAACUCAAGAACUUGAAGCAUCUGAUGAACAUCAAACCCUUGAUGAGUUAGAAUCUUCCACCAAAGAGGAGCCAGGCUCCCACCCGUGCCUGAUUGAAGUUGUGGACAAUGAUAUCCCCAACGCCGAAGACAUUGUCUCAAGCAUAGAGGAAAAGACCCAAGACAACGUUGAGCUUACUCCAGAGGAAGAGCAAAAGCUACAGACCAUCAAGACGGACGUGAUCCCGACAACAGACUUGACGACGGUCUCCGAGCAGACGCAGCUGGACAGUCGGGAAGGUGGUAGCCGACCGGUUAGUCUCAUUUCGGAAGACUCUGCUUCUUCGGACGUCCUUAUCAGCGGCUCUGCAGAGGAGAUUGAAGACACCACUGAUGCGGGCAGACCGGGAGACAGGAAUUCACAAGGUCAAAGGUCAUCAAUCAUUGAGGAAACCGAAGCAGAGAUGGUCUGAGUGAGAUGGUAGAUAGUUUCUCAGCCAUGGGCAUCAAACGAGGGUCAGACGGAUACAGCAAACUUCAGCUCCCUCCUUGAGUUUGCUCCAAGGGAUAGAGACUCACCCAGUAGGGGAGAAAAACAUCUUACUCCUCUUCAUUGGAUGAGCUGAAUUAUAGCCUCUUAUAGAUAGACAGGUCCUGCCAUGGACACAUGGGUUUUAUCUCAUUUGAUUCUAUGCUUGUGAUUGAAUAGCAAGAGUACAAUUGUUCAUUUAAGAGGAGAUUCAGAAGUGAUUUUGGACUUCAUGAUCAGGGGCCUGUUGCAGAAAGAGUUGCGUUUAAAUGCAAGCCAAAAAAUCAAUCGUAAGACCCAAAUGCAUGCUGUUGAUUGGUUGAAAAUCAAGUUGCGAUUGAUUGCAACUUUCUGCAACGGGCCCCAGGUCCAGUUGAGAACACCAUCAGUUCUAUCUAUCUUGAAGUGUUUGACAUGGGGUGGAUUGAUAAGCCCGAUUACGGUAGAAGGAAUGGUGUUUAGCAUUCUAGAGGAAAGAGAGCAAGACUUGGUCCUAUGGAGAAAGUCUUGCCAAGGAGACACCAAGAGUGCGUUUCACGAUGAUUUGCACUGGAAACUGUUACAAGCUACUGAAAUCUUGCAAUCUUAUUAGCAGAGUGCAAAUGAGUCAGCGCAAAUUACUGACAAAAACUCUUCAUGAAAUGCUUUUCAAGUUUAUCAUGUGAUCUUGAUGGCUCACAUGCAGUGAGGGUCUCGUCUAGAAAGAUGAAAUAUCUAUCAUCAAUGAAUCUCUCUAUGACUCUCUCAGCAACCUGGGGUUAUAGAGCCUUCUACAUCUCCGGACCAAAGCUGUGGAAUAGCCUUCCCCAAUUUAUCAGGAGAGCAGAGACCCAAUCAACUUUUUGAGCCUUCCUGAAGACCUUUCUCUUCCCCACUCCAACAUUAUUGCAAGAAUAACUCAAUUUUAGCAUCACUAGGACAGUAUUUGAACUGAAUGAUGAUCCUAAGCACUGUUUGGAGACAUUGAAAUUUGUGAGAUAUUUCCUAUUUUUGAGCAAAGGUCUGCAAAGGUAGAAACUGAUUGGACUGGGUUGAAUGAUCAUCGGGAGAACAUCAGUUGCAAGAGUAGACCAGGGAGAAAUGUUCCAUCUCUUCCUCAGCCACAUCUCUCAUCUGAUUGAAAGUAAUCUCAUUUAGAGUCCAAGUGUGUGGUUCUUGCCCCAAAAACUCCUUUGGGUUUUUUGUUCCAAGGGGUGUAAGGUUCAAGGUUCAGCUAGUCAGUUACACCCACCACAUGUAACACAAUCUGACUUUGAUGUAAUUUGGAAAAAUGCAGUUAGAUUGAGAUAAAAGAAUUCCUGAAUCUGUUUCAAAUUCCAUUUUCCUGAGAAACCUGGAGAGCAUUUCUAAUUUAAACUCUGUUUAUUUCCCCCAGUCUACAAUAUGGGGAGCCUUUCAUGAAAUGAGUAGACUAGACAUUGAUUUACACUGACUGAAUUUGUUAUAAGCUAUUGAAAUUCUUGCAUCUGAUUGGUUUAGAGCAAAUAUGUCGGUGAAAAUCACUGACUUUGUUUAAUGAAAUGCUCCCCGAUUGUCCAAGGAUUGCGUAGCAUUGGCCGAUCUUAAGCUACAGUCUUUUGGUGCUCCUAGGAUCUUUGUUCUAAGUGCACUUGUUGUGAAUGGAAUACAGAGGGCUAUUCAAAUGAUUGUUUUUUUUAUUAUUGUGAUGUACUUCAUGUAUAAGAGCAUUUGGGACUUUUAUCUUUGCUCAAGUGUUCUUUGGUGUUUGAUGUUAUGAACUGAAAUCAUGUUCUUUUUGUUCUUGGGGAUGUUCAUAAAAGUAUUUGUAUGUUGCCCAUGACUUUGUGAACGACUUGAAUAUGUACUUGUGCUGAAAGGAAUGCUUCAUGUUUGCCUGGUGUUUUUUACAACAUUGGACUGACUUUCCUGUAACCUGAAAAAUGAUAAGAUAAUGAACUGUGCAUUGAAAGGCUUGUCGGCAACAAGAAUUCAAACCCAUCAAGGUGAUGUUAAAACCUUGGCCAUAGAAAUCUGCAAUGUUUGAGAAUCCAAUUGAUAAAAUG